AUGAAUCACACUGCUGUCUUGGCUAGACUUGCUGUUGAAUUACGAUCACGAAGCACUGCUCGUGUUGUGUUUGAAAGUGGAGUUUUUCUGGGCAUUGGACUUUUGAUACUCGUCGGGAACGCCAUGACACUGUUCAUAGUUUACAAGAAUUUUCAUCUUCGCACUGUCACCAACUUUUUCAUCGUUUCAUUGGCAUUUUCUGACAUUGGAAUGGCUGUCUUGGCAAUGCCAAUGUGUUUCACUGUUCUUGUUGGUGGUCAUUGGCCUUUUGGAGAUGCAGCUUGCCAGUACAACGGUUUCGUAGCAGUUUCCAUGGCAGUUGCAUCGGUGCAAUUUUUGGCGUGUACCUCUGUUAACAGAUACUUUCGUGUCGUAAAGCCAAACAAGUACAGGAAAUACUUUACGAUGAAGUCUACAGCACUGUACAUUGCAUUAGUUUGGGUAUGCGCGGCCGUGUCUACCAUACCAUACUUGUUAUCUGGAAAUCGCAUGGUCUUUCAUCCGGGAAAAUUAGUCUGUUGCUUAAAAAUUGAAGUAACAUGGUAUACAGCCCUCAUUUCAUCUUUAUGCAUAGGAAUCCCAACCAGUGUCACACUAUACUGCUAUCUCAGGGUCUUCCAAGCUGUUCACAAGCAUAACAAACAAUUUGCACAGUCAAGAGGGUCUAACAAUAACCUGAGCGUCGAGGAAAUUAAGAUAACUCGCACAUUGUUUGUAGUGAUGUUGGUGUACAUGACAUGCUGGACGCCAAUCCUAAUCAUUGAUCUCAUUGAUACAGGCCGUGGUUACUGGUCGAUGAAAAGAGAAGUGUAUACCUUCUACAGUUACCUCGCAGUGGUGAGCAGUGCAACUAACCCUAUAAUCUAUGGACUGAUGAACCCACAGUUUAAGAAAGAGUAUUUGAAGAUCAUGCAGUGGGAAUUAUGUCGGAGAAAUCCAUCUUCCGUAACGGCAAUUUCCACGGUAUAUGCAUCACAUUCGAGAUCUCGCCAAGAAAACGUGAACUUGGGAAUUCAGUCGGUCGAUACGGCAAAGUUGUAAAUCUUAAAACGAGAUAUAAUUUCAUAUAUUGUAUCUAUUCUCAUGAUUGCCUGAUUUGUCGUAGAUAUUCUAUUUAAAUUCAUAGUACACACCUUCUUCCUGUAAACAAAAAGCAAUCAGUUCAGUCAAAUUUUCUCUAAAUGAUGUGGUCGAUAGUUUACUGAAUCACAUUUAUUGUCUGUUCGACUAUGAAGUAUCUUUGUAAUCAUGUUAAUACGAGUCCAACUACCAUCGAG